UUUUUUCGUGCGAGGCAACGAGCGUACGCGCCAUUAAAAAUGCCGAAACGCAGUGCACAAGAAAAAUUGGAUAGCUACAAAAGGAAGAUAAGGAAAAUAGAAGAACGAGAAAAGCGUAAAAAAGAAACAUCUCGACGUCGGAUUCGACGUCUCUUAGACUCGUCAGAGGACGAGAACAACGAAGAUACAAAUUACAUGGAAUCUCGAGAUGCGACGGAGCCACAGAUGGGCCUGUUGACUCCACAAGAUGACGUGAUGGCAGCACCGGUCUCAGAAGUGCUGGAUGUUGUGACGUCCGAGCAAGGCUCGGCGGAGCCCGUCACUGAGCCAACGUCCGAAGUAGCCUUGGACCCUGAAUUGUUAUUCGCCCUAGGUGCUUCCACAUCCGAUACACCAGAAUUUGGUAAUAAUAUUCAUGACAGUUUAAGUAACUUAUGGACCCCAAUAUUAAAGAAAGGACUUCCAAGAGAGGACAAGGACAAACUUACAAAGGAGUACCUCCUACCCAGUAAUUGUAAAAUGUUACAAGCACCCAAGCUUAAUGCUGAAAUAUCCGCUGCUGUGGCAGAGGUUGUAAGAGGACGUGAUAAAAAGCUAGUCAGAUUCCAACAACAACUCGGUAUAGGUACCGCAGCAAUAAGCAGAGGGAUAGACACUCUGCUGACAUCUAAUGACAAGAUCGUGGCUUUGAAACAAUUAAGUGAUGGUUGCCGUUUUUUAACUGAUUUACAUCAUUUAUUAUCGAAGGACAGGAUUAAGUUGGUCACGCCUAGCCUGGAAAAGAAUUUCCUGACAGUCAUUCAAGAUGCUGAAAGGGACGAGACGUUGUUUGGCAGUUCAUUAUCUGAAAAGAUUAAAGCCAGCCAGGCUAUUAGUAGACAAAGCUCUCAAAUAAAGGCUUCGACGAAUCAGAAAGCUGCUGGUAGUGUCGGCUCCACGCAGUCAUCGGCUAAUCGUCCUGUUCCGGGAAAUUGGUCAGGACCUCCUCGUUACCCGUCAAACAGGGGGGGGAGGGGAGGUCAGCGGAGGCCGGCAGCGUCAACACCGCGCCGGACAUACCCCCUAAACCAAGCACAAGCCAAGACUUUCAACCACCAACCCAAGACACGUGCAACUGCACAGUAGCUCAGGGAGUACCAUCCCCUCUACCACAAGCUUACACUGGGUGCCGCGAGACUGUGCGGGCGGCGUUCGCGCGCCGCGGCACGCCACCAGAGGCGCUCGACUUGAUGAUGGCGUCUCUGUCUGACAGCACUGUUAAGCAG